AACGUCAUUGUUGUGGGGCUGGGUGGUGAGAAAUCGGGGGCUUUCCUUUUUUACUUCUCCUCUUGGAUUGUCUAUUUCAACGGAUCUGUAAGUUAAUCUUGUUUUCUCAGAAUUUCUCCUGUGUCGCUAUACUUGUGGCGAUAAAUUGAGGCGGAAGCCUGCAUUUUCCAGGUAUGGUUUGCUCAAUUUUUGGCUCUUGGAUUGCUAGAUUCCCGAAAUCGCAAUUUUUGUUUGUUUUUCCUAUCAUUGUUUCUUUCACCGGGGGUUAGAUUUAAGAGGGCAGUAACUUUGAGUAGUUGAUUUGCGAUCUCGAGGUUUGGUUGUCAUUUACCGCGGGCAUCGAGUUGGAUUUGUAUGAGGUGAAAUUUAGUGGUUUCGUGACAGUGUUUCAUGGCAAAUUGGCUUGAAUAUUUGAUGGGAUCAGGAGGAGCGGUGAAGGAUUAGGGUUUAGGUCGAUGGCUUCAAAUCCUCCAUUUAACAUGGAGGAUCAGACCGACGAAGAUUUCUUUGAUAAACUGGUAGAGGAUGAUUUGGAACCUCUCAAGCCCGGGCAAGAUGAAGGAAAUGAUUCUGAUGGCCCUAAGGCAGUUGCCAAUUUGGGUGUCACCGAUGGUGAUGCGUCAAUUGAGAAAUCAGAUGGUGGGGAGAGUGUGAAUGAAGUUAAUGGGGAAAAGUCUAGCGUGCAGCUGGACACGGGAUUGUUCGGUACACAUGAAGGAGAAGGAAAUUCAAUGUUCUCCAUGCCAGUUGGGAAUGAUAGCAGGAUGGAACCCAGUAAUGAUAGGAAGGGAUCAGAAGCGACACCAGCUUCAGCUGGAAGCAAGAGCAAUGAAAUUGCAAGUUCUGGGGUUAAAGAGGUGGGUUGGAAUUCAUUUUAUGCGGAUUCUAAAGGAGGUAUUGGGUUUGGUUCAUACUCUGACUUUUUCAAUGGAUUGGGUGAUCAAUCUGGGGGUUUUCCCAGAGAAACAUACAAUAAUUUAAUUAGUGAGAUGAGUUCUCGUCAUGAGAAUCAUGAUGCUAGCUCAAGUAAUUCAAAUAAUUACGGAGAAUAUCAAGACAGCCAAGGUUAUGCAUCUAUUGAAACAAGCACUAGUGAGCAUGAUCUGAAUAGCAGUCAGUACUGGGAAAAUCUUUAUCCUGGUUGGAAGUUUGACACCAACACUGGACAAUGGUAUCAAAUAGAUGGAUACAAUGAAACAGUUACAACUCAGGAAAACUAUGAAGCUAAUUCAUCUGUGGAUUGGACUGCUGCUAAUAGAAAAGCGGAGGUUUCUUAUUUGCAGCAAACUACUCAGUCUGUAACUAGAACUUUGGCUGAAACUGGCACAACUGAAAGUGUAUCUAGCUGGAAUCAGGUUUCCCAUGGAAAUAAUGGGUACCCAGAGCAUAUGGUUUUUGAUCCUCAAUAUCCUGGUUGGUAUUAUGACACAAUUGCCCAAGAAUGGCGCACGUUGGAGGGCUACAGUUCUUCCAUUCAGGGGCUUGAAAAUGGGACUGCUGCUUCCAGCACUUUUCUGAAUAAUGGUGAUAGUUUCUAUAAUGAAUAUGGCCAAGCUAGCAAUUAUGGGUCACAGGAUGUUAGUAGUCAGGCCUUAGAUGGUAGCUGGAAUAGCACAUAUGGUAGUAACCAUCAGCAAGGUUUGGACAUGUACACUGCUGAGACUGUAAAUGGAAGUGUGGAUAAUAGUUCUGGUGGAAACCAGCAAUUUGGUCAUUCUUACGGAUCAAGUAUAUCUGCCAGCAAGAAUCAACAGAUGACUUCUAGUUCAUUUGGAUCAGUCCCAUUGUAUAAUAAAGUUGGCCAUGGUCAUAGUUUGGCUAAUGAAACUGUUGAAUUACAAAGCUUCAUCCCUGGCACAUUUAAUUAUUCAAAUACGAAUUUAGAUGAACCAAAAAACUUCUCUAAUAAUGACCCUACAAUUAGAAAGCCCAUUAAUCAUUCCCAGCAAUCAUUCCCAGCUGGACAACAGCUUUCUUAUGCCCCUCAUGUGGGACGAUCAUCUGCUGGACGUCCUCCUCAUGCCCUGGUUACAUUCGGGUUCGGUGGGAAACUCAUUAUAAUGAAAGAUUCUAGUCUUUUGAACUCAUCAUAUGGAAGCCAGGGUACUGUACAGGGCUCUGUCUCCGUGCUGAACUUGACGGAAGUUGUGAUGGGAAGCAUCAAUUCUUUUGGCAUUGAAAAUGGAGCAAGAGACUAUUUUCAUGCUUUGUGCCAACAAUCUUUCCCAGGUCCGUUGGUUGGUGGGAGUGUUGGAAGUAAAGAGUUAUACAAAUGGAUAGAUGAGAGGAUUGCACAUUGCGAGUCACCUGAUAUGGAUUAUAUUAAAGGUGAAAGGUUGAGAUUGCUUCUUUCUUUGCUUAAAAUAGCUUGUCAACACUAUGGGAAACUACGUUCUCCUUUUGGUACAGACACCUUAUUGAUAGAAAAUGAUACUCCUGAGUCAGCAGUGGCAAAUCUUUUUGCAUAUACAAAGAAAAAGGGCACAGAGUUUACCCAGUAUGGCUUGCCUCACCACUGCUUGCAGAAUUUGCCUUCUGAAGGGCAAAUGCGAGCAACUGCAACUGAGGUACAAAAUCUUCUUGUCUCUGGCAAAAAAAUAGAGGCUUUACAAUGUGCACAAGAAGGUCAAUUGUGGGGACCUGCUCUUGUUCUUGCUUCACAACUUGGUGAUCAGUUCUAUGUUGAUACAGUGAAGCAAAUGGCACUUAGACAGCUGGUUGCCGGUUCACCUUUGCGAACAUUAUGCCUUCUAAUUGCAGGUCAACCAGCUGAAGUUUUUUCUAUUGGCACCUCAAUUAGUGGGUUUUCUAAUUCUGUUAAUAUGCCUCAGCAGCCUGCACAGUUUGAAUCUAAUGGCAUGCUUAGUGACUGGGAAGAGAAUCUGGCUGUAAUAACUGCAAAUAGAACAAAAGGUGAUGAACUCGUGAUUAUUCACCUCGGCGAUUGCUUAUGGAAGGAAAGAAGUGAGAUUACUGCCGCACACAUAUGCUAUUUAGUUGCUGAAGCAAACUUUGAGUCAUAUUCAGACACUGCUAGACUUUGUCUAAUUGGAGCAGAUCACUUGAAGUAUCCUCGAACUUAUGCUAGUCCAGAAGCUAUACAGAGGACAGAGCUAUAUGAGUACUCGAAGAUGCUUGGAAACUCUCAAUUUAUUUUGCUUCCAUUUCUGCCAUAUAAGCUCAUAUAUGCUUAUAUGCUAGCUGAAGUGGGAAAGGUGUCAGACUCAUUGAAGUACUGCCAAGCAGUACUGAAGUCUCUUAAAACUGGACGAGCACCUGAAGUAGAGACAUGGAAACAAUUUGUAUUAUCACUUGAGGAGAGGAUUAGAACCCACCAACAGGGUGGAUAUGCUACCAAUCUGGCUCCUGCAAAACUAGUGGGCAAGUUGCUCAAUUUUUUUGAUAGUACUGCACAUCGUGUUGUUGGUGGUCUACCGCCGCCUGCUCCAUUGCCAUCACAAGGAAUUGGCCAUGGAAAUGAGCAAAGCUACCAACCUAUGGCUCCUAGAGUACCUAAUAGCCAAUCAACGAUGGCCAUGUCAUCUUUAGUGCCCUCUUCUUCAACGGAACCCAUUUGUGAGCGGACUGCUGACAGCAAUAAAAGGACAAUGCAUAAUAGGAGUGUUUCAGAGCCAGCCAUUGGUAGGAGCCCAAGACAGGAGACUACCUCACCUGAUUCACAAGGAAAAGCAUCAGAUUCAGGGGGCACAUCUCGCUUCUCUCGUUUUAGCUUUGGAACAUCUCUUUUGCAGAAGACAGUGGGGUUGGUCUUGAGACCCCGCCUGGGCCGACAGGCUAAGUUAGGUGAAAAGAACAAAUUCUAUUAUGAUGAAAAGCUAAAGAGAUGGGUAGAGGAAGGUGUUGAACCUCCAGCUGAAGAAGCUGCAUUGCCGCCACCUCCUAUAACUGCUUCUUUCCAGAAUGGUAAUCCUGAUUAUAACUUGAAAUCUGCGUUGAAGACAGAAGGAUCUCCUUCUAAUGACGGUCCUGAGUUAAGAACUAUGAGUACUUCUGAAAAUACUUCAGGAAUCCCACCAAUACCACCGAGCUCAAAUCAAUUCUCUGCCCGUGGGCGCAUGGGUGUUCGGUCAAGAUAUGUUGACACCUUCAACCAAGGUGGUGGGAGCUCUACAAACUUUUUUCAGUCCCCUUCGGCCCCAUCUGUUAAACCCUCUCUUGCUGCAAAUGCAAAGUUUUUUAUUCCUGCUCCUGCACCGUUACCAGCUGAGCAGACAGUUGAAGCUAUAGCAGAAUGCAAUCAUGAAUGUAACGCUGUUAAAGAAAAUCCUUCAACUUUCUCCACUAAUGAUUCCUUCCGAUCCCCCAAAAAUUCAUCAUCACCAUCUAUGCAAAGGUUUCCGAGCAUGGAUAACAUUUCAUGCAAGGCCCCAAUCACAAACUGCAAUGGCUCCCGUCCCCCUCAUUCGCGUCGAACAGCUUCAUGGACUGGUGGGAGUUUCAAUGAUGCAUUUAGCCAUCCGAAAACGGGCGAUAUUGUGCCCUUGGGGGAGGCUUUGGGGAUGCCAGCAUCAGCAUUCAUGCCUGAUGAGUCUUCUCAGGCACCUGCUCCCAUGAACGGUGGCAAUUUUGGAGGUCUCCACGAGGUGGAACUUUGAGCAGCAGAUAAACGAACUGUAAAUAUCGAAUUUUUGUUUGAUAUUGAUGGAAGUACGGAAUAGUGUUACACAUCACAUGGAGUUCACAAAGAAGCAAAAGACGACAGUCUUUUUACCCCUCAUUUCACUCUUAAAUCUGAGAUACCGCUUACCAACUCCUGAGCUGGUCAUGUAAGAUUAAAUGCGGUUGCCUCACUUGAUAUUAGGAUCCUGCUUUCUAUUAAAUGGCAAGGGAGUUGACACA